UCACUUAGUUUUGGCGCGCGAGGCCAUGUUGACGGAACAGCUGUUGAAGCGUACAAACAUAAUAUUCUUAGUUUUUUUAGUGUGAAGUGGAAAAUGUUUAAAUAGUGUAAACAAUGUUUCAUAAGAUGGAAUCGAUAUACAUUUAAAAUAAGCUAGCUCGUGAUAAUGUAUUAGGAAUAGAUAUUUAACAACCAUGGCUUGUGGCUCUGAGAAUUACGACGAUUGUGACAUUUUAUCUUUGGAAGAAAGAGAGUUUAAUGUGAAAUGGAGCAGAUUCUCUGAAUGGCUGCAUUGUAUAUGUGUGGUAACCUUCGACCUGGAAUUGGGUCAGGCAAUGGAAUGCGUUUAUCCGCCAGGAGUAAAAUUAACGGAUCAAGAAAAAUGUAAUAUUUGUUACUUAGCGUUCCCGGAUUCAAAUUCAGGUUGCAUGGGUGACACACAGUUUCACGUGAGACUGCGGACUCGUGCUCGACUAACGCCACAGCAGUUAAAUUAUAACGAAGACAGCGUUUCUACCCUUCGUGCGGACUCCACGCAUUACUGGGGCUUCGUUUAUUUUCGUCAAGUCAAAGAUACCUCGAUACCGCGGGGAUAUUUUCAGAAAAGCAUUAUUCUAUUGACACGAUUGCCUUACAUCAAUUUGUUUUACAAAGUAAUACAGUUAAUAGCACCAAGACAUUUCGAAGAUGGUGAAAGAAGUUUAGAAGCUGCUUGUCACGAUAUUAAUCGGUGGCCGCCCCUUGAUGCGGGUCAUAAUUUUCUUUUACCUGUCCUAGGAACUGUUUUCCAAUCUUACAUCCCUAAUCAACAAACUGGUAAAGUUACGAGGUCAGAUAUAAUAAAACAAGUCCAUUCACCAAAUAUUCCUCAUAUAGUGGCUUCUAUUCAAGACGUUAAUGUAUUUGAUGCUUUGUCCAGUGUUAUUUCUCAUUUACAUUUAUUGUGGGAGCUAGUUUUGACAGCAGAGCCCAUCGUUGUAAUGGCAAGCUCUCCUACGGAAUGUUCAUCCCUAGUCCAAGCACUUACAUACUUAAUUCAGCCUCUGUCAUAUUCAGCGGAAUACAGGCCGUACUUUACUAUCCAUGAUAGCGAAUUCAAGGAGUUCACUAGAAAACAAUUCAAUCCACCGUGUGUAAUACUAGGUGUAACAAAUCCAUUCUUUACGAAGACCUUGCAACAUUGGCCGCACACUAUUAAACUGAGUGACUCAAGUUCAGUUAAAACGAAAUUAAGAAAAGUUGGUAAUAUGAAGCAGUUAGAUACUGCACCUGGUGUUUAUACCCAGUACAAACCAUUUUUAGAAAAAGACAAAGCCAUAAUUAAGAAACUUCAUAAUGGCAUACGAUCUGAUCGCCCGUCUGAGGUUCAAACAGCAAUGGUAAAGAGACACCUUCUAGAACUUACUCAGAGCUUUAUGAUACCAUUGGAAAGAUACAUGGCAUCAUUAAUGCCACUUCAGAAAAAUAUAUCACCAUUCCGAGCAGCGCCAAUUCCAAAUCCCUUCAAUCCUGAAGACUUUUUCUCUACCCUACAGCAAGCCGGACCCCAUUUGACUACUGGGAUUAAAGGAGAUUGGAUAGGCUUAUAUAGAAACUUUUUUAGAACACCAAACUUUAGCGCAUGGUUUCAUGAAAGGCAUAAGGAUCUGACAAAUAAACUACAGGCAUUACAGUUGGAGGCAUUGGCUGGAAGUGACUUGAAGGUAUGGUCGGUGGGUAAGAAGGAGGUUGAAAUCGUAGAUAUGGUGUUAAAACUGAAGGAAGUUUUGAAAAAUGAUGUUCCUGUGGCUGGUAAUACACGUACACUGUUGUCAAGACAACUGGAGGACCUGAAUGGUGUACUCGCUGAGGAUAUGAAGUCAUUACUAAAUGCAGCCUCGUGACAAACGGUAUGCUGCACCUCGGGGUCGAGAGGUUGCAGCGUAGACUGCAGGUUUCAAUUGAAAAACUACAACACAGCUAUCGAUUGUAUAUGAAUAUUCAUUUUGAAAUGCAAGUUAUGUGACAAAUUAUGCAUAAUUGCAAUGCUGUUAAAUGUAAAUACACAUAAAUAUUUUUAUGUAUAUAUUUGAAUGUGGGUUCUAAAGAUGUAUCAUGCUAAGCAUUUUCCCCGACUGUCUUCGCUUUAAAAUUUUGUUUUAUAAGAGAUUUAACCAAAUUAAUUCUGAUACAGCACUUGUUCAUUUACCAUAAGUUUGCAUUGUUAAACUAAAUACUAAGAGUUGUCAGUUUUACAUUUAUAUGUACUGUCAUGUGAAGAUUUGUAAAAUACUGGAAACUGUAUGUGUGUGAACUAGCCCUAAGGGUGAGUUAGUAACAAUCAUAUGUUUUCAAUGAUUUCAAACUGAAAUAUCUCUUAUUUGAUUACUUCAUUAAUAAUGUUUUCUUCAAUUUUAACAAUUAAAUAGUAAUUGUAAUAUAUUUUUUGAACUUUGUUUUAUAAUAUAUUUUAUGUUAUAGUCUUAUAAUUGACUCUUCCCAUACAUUAGCUAUAGAAAUGUGUAUUUCUGUUAGUAAGAAAUACUUUCGUCUGUUGUUAUAAACAUAUACAUUGUUGUUUCUUACCUAGUAAAUAAAAUAAAAAUAAAAUAUAAAAGAAUAAAAUUUUCUCCUAUAUAAAACUUACUGAAAUUGUAAGAAAAAUAUUGUCUAGAAUUUAAAAUACAGCUGAUAUAUUAUAUUUGAUUAUUUUUUUGGGUGCGUUCAGAAUAAUAGUUAUAAAAAUUUUGUCUAGAAAUAUUAUAAGUAAUAAAUAAAUAAAUAAAUGUAAAAGUUGAUAUAAUCUGUACGUACCAUUAAUGUAACGAAUCUCCUAUUAAAAUAUGUCAUUUAUUGAGUCCCUCCAACUUAUCAUAUAUAGAUAGGGCUGUAAUAAAUUACCGACAUAACUUCAGGACAGGUUAAAAACUUAAUUUAACAUGCAUUUUAUAUGUUGGACCACAUAAUACAUUACGUAGCCAAAAGUAUUUAUACAUCAUAGUUUCUUUUUCUCAUUGCUCAAUCUAUAAAUGCUUUAAUGUAACUAAAACCAUCAUGAACUGUGACCACAAAUGCCUAUUGCCUGGCAACAAAUUGUAUUAGAGAUUUUUUUUGGUAACACUGAAUAAUAUUGUAGUACUUAUAAAUGUAAAUAUUAUUAGAUUAAACUACUGUAGUAUGAAAUAAAAUAACAUUUGAGAACAAA